UGUGAGUUCCCCUGUCAUAUGAAAGUCUUGUCACAUCACCGGAGAAAUCCUUAAGAGGAGAGUGAAAUUACUUCCAUUUCUGAAAAAAAAUCCAAGCUUGAUUACGAUACCCAGUUGGUGAAUCUCCCUUCUUUUACAGGACUGUUGUGCUUAUGGCGAUGGAAACCUUGAGAGAACAGGUUAUGUUGUUGUGUUACACGAAUGGUUGUAUUAAGUAUGGUCCUGAUGGCGUAUACUAUGAAGGAUCUACUCCUAAAAAGAUCAAAGUUAAGCGCGAGACUAAGUUUAACACAUUGUUGAAUGGGCUUUAUCCAAUUUUUGGAUUAGCUAAGCAGAGAUCAAAGAUUGAGAUCUUUGGUAGGUACCCUGCUGUUUUUUCACCGGAUCUGUUUACGUAUAUACAUUUGCCCGUGGUGAACGACUCUAGUUUGGAGACUAUGCUUGAGGUUCCAAGCAAUCAUCCUUCUAUUAAAAAUGUGGAGUUGUAUUUGGAAGUGAAAUCGAUAUCUGAUGGAGUUAUUGAUCCUGCUGCUUGUUCAUCGCCAUUGGAAAAUCUUGGUAGUUCCUUGAAAAGACAGAGGACCCAACAACCCCAAGAAGCUAUUGGUUAUGUGUCACAUCCAUCUGUUAAGUUAGAGAGGGGUAAUGGUUUAGAGGUUCAGGGAGUGGAUAACAGUAACGGGUGGAUUGAAAACGGGGCAGAUGCUGCAUUGGGAAACGGUAGCACUCAUGGAGAUGUAGAUAGAGAAAUGACGAAUAAAAACUCGGGUUCGGAUAGGGUGGAGCAAGUUGUUAAUUUGACAGCGAAUAACGACAAUGCAGACUUAAAUAAAGGUGUCGAGUCAAGUGCUUCAAAACAGUGGUCUCUGUCCAGUUUGUGGGUUGAUGAUCAUGAAUUGCGUGUAGGGUUGUGUUUUAAAGACAGGGAUGAGCUGAAGAAGGCGGUGGACUGGUGCUCCAUAAGAGGGCGGCAAAAGUGUGUAGUAAGAGAGACCGAGAAGGACAAGUAUACGUUUGAGUGCAUCAGAUGGAAAUGCAAGUGGUCGCUUCUGGCAGCUAGAAUGGAAGAGCACGGACUUGUUGAGAUAACCAAGUGUCAUAGUCCACAUACUUGUUGUCCUAUAGGGCCAGAUAAUUUUGACGUGGAAUUUGCAGCAGAGGAGAUUGAAUGUCUUAUCAGGGUACAGCCCACACUAACAAUUGAAGAGUUGAGAAAUUGGUGGUUUCAAAAAUUUGGCGACAUGCUUGCAACUUCAGAGAUGCAAGCAGCAAAACUAAAAGUGAUAAAAAAAGUCUUUGGAGAUUGGGAUCAGAGUUUCAGAGUAUUACCCAAAUUAAUGGCUGCGUUUCACUCAUCUAAUGGGCUACUUGUAGACUGGCAAUACGAUCUUUUUCCAAAUCCUGAAUUUGCUUCCUUUCGUGGUGUGUUUUUGGCGUUUCCACAGUCCAUUGAAGGUUUUCGACACUGUAGACCUCUGAUCAUAGUUGACACCAAAGACUUGAACGGUAAGUACCCUAUGAAAUUGAUGAUUGCCUCAGGAGUCGAAGCUGAUGAUUGCUAUUUCCCGCUUGCAUUUGCGAUUACUACAGAAGUGUCUUCAGACAGUUGGCGUUGGUUUCUCAAUGAAAUCAGAGAGAAGGUGACACAAAGGAAAGAUAUUUGCCUCAUCUCCAGUCCCCACCCGGACAUACUUGCUGUUAUUAACGAACCUGGGUCCCGUUGGCAAGAACCCUGGGCUUAUCACAGGUUCUGCCUGCAUUCUCUGUGCUCCCAAUUCCACGAUGUUUUUCAAGAUGACUACCUGAAGAAACUUGUGGAUGAGGCUGGAUCCACAAAUCAGAAGGAAGAAUUUGAUUCCUAUAUGAAGGACAUUGAAAAGAAGAACUCAGUAGCUCGGAAAUGGUUAGACCAAUUCCCUCGAAAUCAGUGGGCUCUGGCUCAUGACAAUGGUCGGAGAUACAGAUUCAUGGCGAUUGAUAAAGAAGAUGUGUUUGCAAUUUGGGAAAGCUUUCAGUCCCUUGGUUUGCCAGUAACAGCAACCGCACUGCUUCUGUUUGAUGAGAUGAGAUUGUUUUUCAACGCAGGUCUUUGUGAUAGCAGUGGUAGGGUUAAACGCGGAGAUAUGUACACCAAACCCGUCAUGGACAAGCUCGAAGACUUAAUGACAGAGUCCAUUACCCACGUUAUAAUGCCCUUGGAGAAAGGUGCUUUUCAGGUCACAGAACCUUUACAGAAUGAUGAAUGGAUCGUCCGGCUGAAUGAAUGCACCUGCACAUGUGGGAAGUUUCAAUCAAAGAAGUUUCCAUGUCUGCACGCUCUAGCAGUCUGCGAGAAGCUGAAAAUUAACCCCUUGCAGUAUGUUGACGACUGUUACACUCUUGACCGAUUACACAAAACUUAUGCUACCAGUUUUUCUUCUGUUCCGGAAGUAUCAGCUUGGCCAGAAGCUUCUGGAGUUCCGACAUUGUUCCCACCAGUCAUUCUGCCGCCACCUAACGUAUCAGUAAAUGGCAAAACCAAGGAUCCUCCUAGUGAUGACGAGUUGAGAAAUGCAGUUGCCGAUAUCUUGAAAGUGGUAGACUUUAAAACGACGGCGUUCGCUGACAUCCUCAAGCGACUUGCUGAGAAGUUCGAAACCGAUCUCACCCCAAGAAAGGUAUCUAUAAAGGCGAUGAUCCAAAAUGAGCUCAGUUCGUAAGAAGACCAGACUGAGGAGUAAGUAAGUAAGAAGAUACAUAAGCUCCUUAGGAUUCACUCAUGCCCACUUUAAGAAGAGCUGAGAGUUAGAGAAUUAGACUUAGGAAUCAAACUGGUUCAGGUUUUAUUGCGUUGCUACUUUUGCAUGUGUCUGGUUUUUUUGAAUCAAGAUUAAAACCAAGCUAAGAAUGAAUUUAGUUCAAGUCAUUAAUUAAACGUA